UGUUUUGUUUUGUUUUUUAUUAACUCAUACUCUUACUCUUUGCUAUAUAGAAUAGCUGAACAGGUUUUAAGUGUACAACCAAAUAGAGGUUGCUAGAAGACGACCGGUCACUGAAGAGUAUUUUAAUUGAAUACUCCGCCUUGUGUAAAUUUUUAGCUAAUUAGCGCCGUUGGUGAGUGUACGACCCCCAGCUAGCAGAAAUAAAAAUAAAUAAAUAGCAUUAGUUAAUAGUUUUGAGUCGUUGUCUUGUUGUAUAGUAAGAAGUAACUUUGUCCUGUGUUUAUAACUGACUAGAAGAAUCCAUGUCGUGACAGGGAUUGUUGGCUAGCUUACCUAGUCUUGCUCGAACAUUUUAGCUAAUCUAACCAGUACUGAUAAUGAUCAGGGAUGUAAAUAAAACAGAUGAAUUAUUAUGCAGCUGUAAUUAUUAGACAGAAACAUUAAAGCUCAGCUUCAGUUGCAAUUCGCUCGUUAUGCGUUUUUCUCACGUGGAGCUCUCCAUGACUGAUUCCACUGUUAUGGUGUCCACUAUUGCGUCUCACUCAUUAUACAUUGAAAAAAAUCUGUGUAUAAAGAAAUAAUUUUUAAAAAGUGUAAACACAACGUCCUUAACAAAAAUCUACUGGGCUGUUUUAUUGGCCAGUGAGUGAAAAAGCUGACCUUGUUUCUGUUUUUCGGGUUGCUUUGUGUUUAAAUGCCUUUGAACGAGAGAGAGUUUAAUUACCAAAUUUUGUGCAUUUUAUAAUGGAAUAGUUCACUAAUAACCCUUUAGACGUUUGUGUUAGGUUUAUCUUUCCUAAGGAUUGUCAAGUGUCAGAUAUGGACCAACUGCCAGCAAUGGACAACGAGAAACCACCUCUAUACUGCAUCUGUCGGAAACCAGACAUCAACUGUUUCAUGAUUGGCUGUGAUAAGUGUAACGAGUGGUUCCAUGGACAUUGCAUAAACGUGACUGAGAAAAUGGCCAAGGGUAUCAGAGAGUGGUAUUGCCAGCAGUGUCAGGAAAUGGAUCCCUCUCUUGAAUUAAAAUACCGGUCAAAAAAAUCACGUGAAAAAGAGAUGGAACCAGAGAGAGUUGAGAAACGGUCCAGUGCUCCAGAUUUCAAACUGGAUAAGCGCCGUGGAUCUAAAGUGAAACGUUCUGCACGCAUGUGUGGUGAGUGUGAACCCUGCAGACGUACUGAGGACUGUGCGCAGUGUGACUUCUGCAAGGACAUGAAAAAAUUUGGGGGUCCAAACAAAAUCCGGCAAAAAUGUCGACUACGGCAGUGUGUAGUUCGUGCAAGGAAAAUGCUGCGUGUUCGAGAUGAAGAGUUUUUCAUGCAUGAGAGGACAGAAAAUAGGAUGCACCGAGACAGACGAUAUUCAGAUGAUUAUAAUGAUGGUGAGAUGGAGCUGUACUCACGAUACAAGGACCAGAAUAUGCCGUGGGGCAGUGAGGAUGAAGAAGGUCCAGUGUACAGCCCUGCCCAAUGCAAGAAAGCUAUAAAAGUCAAGCAUGUUAAGCGGCGUGAAAAGAAAUUUGACAAAAAGAAGGAAUCUCGCAGGCACAAGCAAAAACAGAAGCAUAAAGACCGUACAAGGCACAGUGACAGAAGUGAUGGCCGUUACACCGGAGACUUGCAUCAGUGCUUGGGACCUAGCUGUAUUGAAAUGGCACGUCCCAACUCAAAAUACUGCUCAGAGGACUGUGGCAUGAAGCUAGCAGCCAAUCGGAUCUACGAGAUUCUUCCACAGCGUAUCCAACAGUGGCAGCAGAGUCCAUGCAUUGCUGAGGAGCUGGGCAGAAAGCAACUGGAGCAGAUUCGUAAGGAACAACAGGCUGCUCGCAUGCGCCUUGCUGAAAUGGAGCGACGCUUUCAUGAGCUGGAGGGAAUCAUCGCUAAAGCCAAGCAGCAAGUGGUUCAGCAGGAUGAGGAGGUGAACGAAACGGAGAGUGAGGACACAGAUCUCCAAAUAUUUUGUGUGUCUUGCAGUCACCCCAUUAACCCUAAGGUGGCAAUGAGACACAUGGAGAGGUGCUAUGCUAAAUAUGAAAGCCAGACAUCCUUUGGUUCUAUUUUCCCAACACGUAUAGAAGGGGCAACAAGACUCUUUUGUGAUGUGUAUAACCCUCAGAGUAAAACCUACUGCAAGAGGCUUCAAGUUUUAUGUCCAGAACAUUCCAGAGACCCCAAGGUGCCAGUGGAUGAAGUGUGUGGAUGUCCUCUAGUAUGCAAUGUCUUUGAGCCAACAGGAGAGUACUGCAGAAUGUCUAAGCGCAAAUGCAACAGACACUACUGCUGGGAGAAACUCAGACGAGCAGAAGUAGACCUUGAGCGUGUUCGAGUGUGGUACAAGUUAGAUGAGCUGUUUGAACAGGAACGUAACGUAAGAACAGCAAUGACUAACAGAGCAGGGCUGCUGGCCCUCAUGUUGCACCAAACCAUUCAGCAUGAUCCACUGACCACCGAUUUACGCAGCAACAAAGACAGAUAGUGAUGUGCUGAGUAACUCCUCCUCCCCACCCUUGUGUAAUUAAUGGUGUUAAUUUUUAUUUUAUUUUUUUAUGUCUUCAUGUGGUGGAUGUGACCUUUCUAAAACAUUUUCUACAAGUUCUUCUCCUAUCAUCUGCACCUGGUGCUUAAUUUUUAUUUAUGAUACAAAGUGUGGCUAUAUUAUGGUAAAGUCAGCCCAAAAAUAAAUUGUCACUUUGAGAAAUGAAGGUGUGCUUCAAAUGGUGUUAUUUUGAGGUUGCUGCUUCUGAAUAGUUGUUCAGUUUGUGCUUGUAAAGACUGCCUCAAGGACCAGCUUCACUGCAUUCAAUUAAUGAAUAAUGUCUUAGUAAAUUUAAAUGUAGUUUGGAUGCAAAAUGUCAAAAAAAAUGUGACAAUGUGAAAAUGUCAAUUACAUUUUCAUACAUUGUAUUUCAAAAAGUUAGCAAUUUAAGCAAAAAUGCGAUCUGAAGGCUUAACAUUCAAGAUAGUUCUUAAUGACUUUCUUAAUUGGCUGUAUGUUUGGUUCGAUGUCCUGCUACAGAAUAAAUGUGUCAAUCAGAUGCUUCCCUGAUGGUAUUGCAUAAUAGAUAAAUAUCUGCCUGUAUUUCUCAGCAUUGAGGACACCAUUAAUCCUGACCAAAUCUAUAACUCAGUUUACAGAAAUGCAGCCCCAAACUUGCAAGGAACCUCCACCAUGCUUCACCGUUGCCUGCAGACACUCAAUAUUAUACCGCUCUCCAGCCCUUCGGCAAACAACCAGCCUCCUGCUACAGCCGAAUAUUUUACAUUUUUACUCAGCCUUUCAGAGCACCUGCCAUCUUACUGUACCCCAGUUCCUAUGUAUUCAUACAAAGUUGUCACUCAGCUUUGUUUCUACGUAAGAGGUAUGGCUUUUUGGCUGCAAUUCUGACCACUUCUGGC